AUCUCUCCCUGCCAAGGAUGGCCGUCAGGACUUCACGAUGACGUCGCCGCCUCCGCCACCGUCAUCCCCACGAAGCUGCCCCUGCAUCGCCUCGCCUGCUCUGCUCCGUCUCUCCCCUCGCGUCUCCUGCUGCUUCCCUUGUCAGUGCCGAUGCUGCUCCCGCUGCUGCUGCUGCUGCAGCGGGAGACGGUUCAGCGCGGGGCCCUGACCGCUGCCGCCCGCCCCGGCUCGACCCGACCUUGUCCGGGGUGAGAGAGAAGGACGGAGGUCGCGGGGCCACGGGUCCACACAGAGACAGGCUUGGUAUCAUCUCCCAGGGGCCCGAUGCCAGGUCCUGACAUCAUCACCAUCAUGUCGUCUCUCCUGUGAGGCUGCGCGUCAUCGUCAACCUCGUCAACCUCGUCAACUUCGUCAACCUCGUCAACUUCGUCAACCUCGUCAACCUCGUCAACUUCGUCGUCACCAUGGCCGAGUCGACGCUGCACAGCGCGUCCGUGCUGCGAGCCGUCGUGCUCACGGUGGCCGAACUGCCGCUGUUCCUGCACGCAACCUACUCACAGGUGCGUCUGACCCCGGGCCUCAAGCGCCUGCUGGUGGCCAGCGCGGUGGGCAGCAUGAUGCUGUACCUGGCCGCGCGACACAUGCGUCGCCGGCGUUGUCGCAAGAAGGGGGGCGCCGUCGACUCCCCCAUCGCCGACGCCGCCCUUAACCCCCUCGCGGCCAUCGCCAGGCUGCCGGCCCCCCGGAAAGGCCGAGCAAGCGGCCUCAGGUCGGCAGGGGCCAUGCCCCCCGCGAGGGGACCGGCUGGAGCCUCCUCCGCCAACGCCGCCGCCAACGCCGCCGCCGCUACGACGAGCAGCGCAGGAAGCGUCGCGGGGAGCGAAGUGAAGCAGUCGACCUCGGUACAGAGUCUUGCCUCGCUGCAGGCGGAGAGCACCGGCAGGGGCUGUGACUCGCGCGCCUCGGCCGGCCGGCCCUCCCAGCUGCGCUCUCGCCACAGCUCGGUGUGCGUGGCGGCCGGCAGCUCCUGGGAGCCGGCCGCCGGCGGGGGGGAAGCGCCGGCCUUGGGCAGCCACACCACCCCGGAGAACCUGUACCUGAGCGGCAUGGAGCUGUUUGAGGAGGCUCUGCGGCGGUGGGAGGAGGCGCUGUUGUGCCGCAACCGCAGGGAGACCGUGGAGGAGCCGUGCUCCGACCCGGAGGUGAUCCGCGUCGCCGCCGGAGACGCCAUCGCCGAGGAGAGCACCGAGGACGUGAUGGACGGGGAGUUUGUAAACAAGCUGGAGACGCUGCUGACGCGCGCGUACCGGCUGCAGGAGGAGUUCGAGUGCACCAUGUCGUCCGCCACGCAGACCCCGACGCGCGACCUCGAGGGCGACAUGUCCCUGGCAGACCACUCGGGGCGGCUCUUUGGGCUCGACACCCUGAGCCUGUCGUCCGGGGAGUCCUUCGUCUCGGCGGCAGAGUUGGUGGAGGAGAUGGGCACGGAGGCCCAGCGGGGGGCGCGGGGUCGCCUGGCGCUCUACGAGGAGGCGGCGCGGCUCGUCAGGGGCGGCCACGUCACCUGCCGCAGUCUGAGGACGGAGAUGCUAGACUGUUACAGCGACAUGGACUACCUGGCGAAACUUCACUGCGUGCGGCAAGCCUUCCAGCUGCUGCUGGAGGAGGAGCUCAACAAGAAGAUGUUCUCCAACAUGGGGCGGCUGAUCAUCGCCGGGCUGCUAGUCAAGGCUGGCAAGGAUCCCAAGGGCUUUGUGGAGGCCUACGAGGAGAUGCUGCGUUACUCGGAGGAGGCCGAGCACUGGGCCACAACGCAGGCCGAGCUCGAGGGACGUGGGGUGCGCUGCAUGAACUUCUUCGACAUCGUGCUGGACUUCAUCCUGAUGGACGCCUUCGAGGACCUGGAGAGCCCGCCGUCCACCGUGCUGGCCGUCGUGCACAACCGCUGGCUGUCCGACGGCUUCAAGGAGACGGCGCUGGCCACCGCCUGCUGGUCGGUGCUCAAGGCCAAGCGGAGGCUGCUGCAGGUCCCGGACGGAUUCAUCUCGCGUUUCUACGCCAUCUCUGAGCACGUGAGCCCCGUGCUGGCCUGGGGCUUCCUGGGGUGCACGCAGCCACUCCGCGACCUCUGCAGCUUCUUCAAGGAGCAGGUGGUGUCGCUGCUGCGCGACGUCUUCGAUGCGGAGAAGGUUCGCUACUCGCGCCUCGAGCACCUCGCCGACGACAUCAUCUGCCUCUUCCGCCGCCGCUCGCAGAUCCUGUGCGCGUACCUCGACGUGCCGGAGCCCGCGGUGGGCCCCGGCGAGCUCGACGCCGCCACCCCGGAGGCCGCGGUUCGGGCGAACGGAUCGGUGGGGCCGGGUGGCGCGAUGCAGGCCCGCGCGGACGGGGAUCUCGCCAACGGCCUGACGUGGGGCGACUGAGAUGACGAUGGCGACGACGAUUGUGAAGGUGGCAGGGGCGUCGUGGUGGUGACACGUGCGCCUAACGGCAAGGAGCGGGGUUCGAUUCCCCGACCAGGGCGCCUCUCUGUGUGGAGUUUGUGUGUUCUCUCUCUCUCCCCUUGUUCUGAAUGGGGUUUCCACCGACGCUAAUGUAACCCACACUCACAAUGUAACCGCUAUUCACCGAAACAUCCCACUGCUGAGAACUUACGUUACGAAUUACUCAAUUGGUAUCUCAGCAGCAGCAACGACGCCCCCUGCCUGUGAGUCUUCAGACUCUGCUGUGUAAUCGAUCGUAAGGAAGAAGAUGGCAACGACGAUGAUGACGACGCUUAAGAUCCGGGGCUUAAUAAACUCAGCCGUGUCUGUCUGUGUCGGCGAGCACCACGCUGGCUAUGGGUCACGUGCCACCUAUUCCGCGAGAAGAUUCCAGCGACGGGCCCUGAUGAAUUUUUGGCGGAAAGUGGUGUUGGUGAGCACCUAUUGAAGUGGGGGAGGGUGGGAGCCGGGGGGGGGGGGGGGCAUGGACAACGUUACAACUGCCCGUCUUUGUAUCCCCCGGCACUGAUUGUUGGCGUGCCGGGAGUCGAACCUAGACUUCCGGGGUCAGAGUUCAGCGUGCGACGGCUACAUCGCCUGCGACCCACUGCUGCGUGGACGCGUCACACACGCGAAACGCGGCACAAGUUCAAACCCAGAACGCGCACGUCAGCAGCGGGCAUCGUCCCCCAAUGCCAGACUAAUGUCCGCCUGCAAGGCCAGGUGCUGAGUCACCUUGUGCUGCACAGGGGCAGCUGCCACUGAGGGUGCCCUUUCAAACGACUUGAGAUGAGAUUGCGAUGUAAGUUGUGGCAAAGGGUGUUCUAUCAAAAAGAAAUGAUUAUUGAGAGCGAAAUUAUUGAAAAGUCACCGAACUUUCGAUCACACGUGUGGUUGACUUCUCGUGGAACAGAGGGGCGUAAUGAAGCUGGCACUACACCCAUCGACGCGCGUACGUCACAGAACGGAUGUUUAUUAUUUGCCAAUGUUAUAUUUAAUAGGGGGCGCUACGUUCACCCUAAUAUUUAUCUGCAGAAGCCGGAGAAUCGGUUCUUCACUUGAAUCGUGACCAUAAUUGCCGGCUGAGGCUGUGGAAUCACGAAGCCUCUGUUAAACGCGCACCCGACCCACCCACCCACCCUUGGCUUGACCGCAUCCCAGCCGCCCGAGUUCUCGUCCGCUGCAGCCAGGACGGGAGGCCCCCAGUGGGUCUGCCAGGGCCGUGCCCCGGUGCUACCACCCGCCGCAGCCCCACCACCACCGAGGCGUUUGCAAACAUCGGGAUUUUGUCGCCGGUUGAAAAAAAUGUUCUGACCUCGUGCUUGACUUCUUGAUCGGGGCACAGGGACGGGUGCGCGAUUACCUGGGCGGUGGGAGGGGUUGGCAGAGAGAGAUGGGCAGCAUUUAAAUGUCAUGUAAUUUUAAUUACAUGUAAUUUUAACGACAUGUAAUUUACAUUGUGGGGGAGUGGUGGCUGUGCACGUGGCUGUGCACGUGGCUGCGCACGUGGCUGUGCUGUGAUCCAGCGCUGUGUGGAGGCAGCAGCGAGGGUUGGUGGAUCGCUCACAGAUUACGUCAAACUCCCUUCCCGUGGGUGUCGAGGCAGAGCCCUGGGUCGCCAGGUAGAAGGCAGUACAGCAAGUGGAUUAAUCGCCAUCUGAUUUUUCAAUCUGUACGGGGAAUAGAGGUGUUUCCCCCUCAUGCAAGGCGUGGGGUUUUCACCGAGUGCCCCAGUUUCCUCCCACGUGAAUAAUAAUAAUAAACACGACUCAUCGUUAACUCAUCAAUAAUAAUAAUCACGACUCAUUGUUAGUUCAUCAAUAAUAAUAAUCACGGCUCAUCAAACUCAUCAAUAAUAAGCACGACUCAUCGUUAACUAAUCAAUAAUAAGCACGACUCAUCGUUGAUUGGCUGAAAAGAUCUUGCAAAUAAAAACCCAACGUUUCAGCGGGACCCUCCUAAAAAAUAGUCCUACGGCUCGGUCUGUCUCUCCUGGAUACAUAAAUAAAUCGAUUUAUUGUUACGUAAUUAAUUUACAUAGCGAUAUAAAUAUGAAAUUUCAUUACGUUUGCAAUUGUCUAAAUUGCACUCCUAAAAAUAAUCGGUGUUUAGUAUCUAAAUUCCGGGAAACGGUGUCGAUCGGUGCGGCUGUGGCCACGUUACAUCAGCCCAGUGGGUUGUGAGAACGUUUGUCCCAGCUGUGUCUGCAGCAGAGGCAGCGAGCGGUGCUCGUGGUCAAGUUCCUGGGGCUCGUAAAACUAUAAAACUAUCAACCUUGUUUUUAUUAUUAUUAUUAUUAUAUCAGGUAAGGCCCACUGAGCUACGUAGCUCUCUUUCAGAAGCGACUUGGCUAUCACAA